AUGGCAGGAGAGGUGAUCCCUCCGCCGUACGUUAUAACAGCGGAUGACAAGCGCGGCCUGAUCGUUGUGACCGGUGCAGCUGUCUUGGCCUUUGUCUGGUCUUGUUUUCUGAUCCGAGUAUGGUUGCGCUGGCAAUCAAGAGAAUGGCGAUCCGAUGACUGGUGGCUCACAGCGGCAACCCUGCUGGACACCGUUCAAUCAGGCAUCAUCUUCCACCUGGUAGAGCUUGGAUUAGGUGCCUCACAGGCCGGUGUACCAAUAUCGCAACUCCAGCAGCUUGGGAAUGAAGGUUUCGCGUCGCAAAUAAUUUAUAUUUUUGUGAUACUCGCCUCGAAGUUAUCGGUGCUGUUCCUGUACCUACGACUAUCGCCUGGUGGAGCGCAUCGCAUCGCAUCAUGGUCACUCGUAGCCUUGUCCUGUGUAUGGGCACUGGUGUCGGUCAUAUUGGUUGCCAUACCAUGUAACCCUGCGCAAACCUACACAGAUGCUGAUAACUGUACAAACAGGUGGCCAAAAUGGCUGAGUAUAGGCACCUUCGACAUCAUAACCGAAUUCUUCAUCUUCCUCGCAGCAGUCCACUUAAUCUACUCGCUCCAAAUGCGUCUUCGCACCAAGCUGCUCGUAAUACUGGCCUUCGGCGCACGACUACCUGUCAUCGCAAUUGCAGGAGUACGCCUAUAUUACCUUGACCAACGCCUGCGCGGGGUCACUUUCACCUUUGACUACGUCGUAGCCACGCAAUGGCAAAUGGGCUACGCAAUCAUGUCAUCCACAAUUACAGGCAUGGGUCCCUUUCUCAAGCCUUUCGACAAGGAGUAUGUGUCUAGUACGUAUAAGCACUAUGGACCGGGACAUAGCUCGAGUGGUGGGACGUCGGGGAUGAGAAUGGAAAGUGGACUUAGCACGACUACGAGUACCGGUUUACCACCAAGGAGACAAGGAAUUGGGCAUCAUCAUCACAGGGGAUCAACGGAUAACAUCUCUGAAUCCUAUUUGAUGGACACGCUGCCCAGUCGGCGAACGAGUAAACAGUCCAUGGGAAACGAAGAUCGCGCCAACUCCCUGGAACCGAUGCAGUCGAGUAGUCCGUCGUCUCGAGCAUCUCCAUCUGCACCAAAUGAUAUCUUGAUGACGGCAGAUGAGCACUUUCGUCCUGCGCACAUGUAUCGUGGACAUGAAGCGGAAGUCUGGGUCGGAGAUAGGAGCCUGAGCAUUACGAGGGAGGAGAUGGAAAGAGCUGCCGCUUCCGGGAGAAGCGCACCAAAGUCUGGAAAUAAGCUGGUGAUCGGGGAAAAGAAGGAAUUCAAGAUCGAGGUUGAUCGUGUUAGUCGUGUGAUCUGA